ACCGUCGUGCUCAGAAAUCAUCUUCGCCACCUCUCCCUCCGUCGCGUCGCGACGUUUUCGCUCGGCCUUUCUACUCCCCCGGAGAGCCGCCAUGCCCCGACCGCGCCGCGCUCCGGCCGGCGACGCUCCGGCCGGCGGCGCCGGCGAAACGAAGGCCGACGAUCGCCGCGAGGAGGAGGCGCCGUCGAUUCUGGACGAGACCGGCGGAGAAAUAGGCCCGGAGGUCCUCCGGGAGCUGCGGGAGCAAUGGGAGCUCGCCUCCGUUCUCAACUUCUUGAGCGUUUUCGAGCCUGUUAUUGGGAAAGAUCUCAAGUUGUCUGCCGAGGAGAUCGAAGGAGGUCUGGUUAGGCCGAACUCUUCGAUUGCGCGACUGCACAUCAAGCUCUUGAAGGGAAUUCCGCCUACUAGCAAAGCAUUGGAUGGUUCUGAUGCAUGGGUGACUGUACUUUGUAAGAAAUUGGAUCCAUGGUGGCAGUGGGUUGCUGAGGGGAAUAUCCCAUUAACGGUGGCUAAUGGGAAGGAAAUAUCUCAAUACAAAGAACUUGAUCCGGUUGGUCGAUUACUUUUACUGAAAGCUCUAUGUGAACUCCGAGCCAUGCAAGAUGAUGCAGUGUCUUACAUAAACAAUGCCCUUAAAGAUGGAACUCACGUAUCUUGUUUUCGCAAAGAAAAUCUUGCUAGUCACGGAAAUGGAACUUCUUACUGGUACGAGGGAAAUGCAACUGGUGGGCACAGGCUAUAUAGGGCUGUAUGUAUUCCCAAGUCGAAGGCUACCAACGCUGGUAAACGCUUUGUACCUCUACCAUCCACAAUGUUUCGGUGGGAAACACUUGCCACUAACCUCAACGAGUUUUCUGAAGUUGUGGAAGAACUUGCAUCAAGCAAAGGUGUAGCUGAAGUUGCUGUUAGUAGAAUCAUACAAUCUGAUAUAAUACCCGCCCUACAGAAAAUAGAAAAGAACAAAGAAAGAGCUCUUAAGCGCAAAGAAAGACAAAAGAUGCUCCUAAAUAAUUGCAAGAGUUCGUAUGCAGUUGCUGGUUCUCGAUCCUGCCGAAGUCGUCGGCCGAUAAGUUACACAUUUGAGGAGUAUGAUCGAGCCAUUGAUGAGGCUAUACAAGUCACACAGAGGUUGACUACUGAAGAUCCAAGGAGACGGUACAAGCACCGUGAGCUUAGUAAAGAGGAUGAUGGUCACAAUGAGGAUACACAUUCAAGUGAAGGGAUUGAUAGAAACAAUAUCUAUGACGUUUCUGUGACUCAGAUUAACAAGCUUGAAGAAGCUGGAAAUGACAACACGGAUGAGGAAUAUGAUGGAAAAUGCAGUGAUGAUGAUGGCAGUAGGUCAAACAACUUGGAUGAGGACUGCCUUGUGAGCACAGAUUCUCCUUCCAAUAUUAAUCAUCCAAAGAGGAAAAUUCAUGUUGCUCAUAGAGUGGCUGGACCACGCUGGAGCAAAAGGUUAGCUGGAGCUGCUGCUCAUGCGGUUGAGGAAACAAGGAAACUGCACAUGACGAAGUUGCUUAGACAAAGACCCAAUCAAAACUCUGCUCUAGACUCGGCUAUUAUACCAGAUUCAGACGAUGAAAACCCAUUAGAAGACAGCAAGAUCAUUUUGGAUUCUGCUGUGGUCAGUGACAGCUCUGAAGCUUCCGAAAUGUAACUAUUAGGCGAGUCAGGUUAUGUGCAUAGACUCGUUAGUUUCCUUGAAUUUUGUGAUCUAGCAAGGAAAUUGUCUCUUUGUACAUGGAUGACAGGAUGCACCGUUUUGCACACAUUAUCUCUAGGCAGGGCGGGGUCAGUUUUUGCAGAAUUUUCUGUGGAUGCUUUCUACUCCUAUUGAGAAAGUUGCCUCCACCCGGACCACCCUCUUACCAGGACAGGACAAUGAUUUAGGACAUCUUUUCUUAAUUUCUGCGGAAGGGAAGUAAUUAUUCAUGAUAUUACUGCUAAUUGAGUCAGGGGUGGGUUUUUGCCUAUUGUAAUAUGGUCUGCAUAAUUGAAAUCGAUGCACUGCCAUGCGGCUUUGGGGGUUAAAAUUUUGAGAAGAUUGGGCUGUUGCUUGGUAAUCGAUGUAUGCAAUAUCACAUUGAAUUUCAA